AUGCCAUAUUGCAGUGCUGUACUUGCACAUAUAAUUUUACGUGAAAAACUGCAUAUUUUUGGAGUUCUUGGUUGUGCUCUAUGUGUUGUGGGGUCCAUUACAAUUGUUCUACAUGCUCCUCAAGAACGCGCAAUUGAAUCAGUCACAGAGGUAUGGGAUCUUGCUACAGAGCCAGCUUUUGUUUUAUAUGGGGUGCUGGUGUUUGUAGCUGUUUUUAUACUUGUCUUAUAUUAUAUCUCGUUAUAUGGUCAUACACAUGUAAUGUGCUACAUUGGAGUUUGUUCUCUAGUAGGUUAUUUGUCGGUAAUGAGUGUUAAAGGUCUUGGUAUUGCUUUGAAGCUUACUUUUUCAGGAACGAAUCAAUUAGUCUAUCCUCAAACAUGGGCUUUUACUUUCUUUGUUCUGCUUUGUAUCAUUACUCAAAUGAAUUAUUUGAACAAGGAUUGGGAUGGGCAAGAUCCUACACAAAUUAUAACAGAACUUUGUGGGUUUGUGACAAUUCUUUCUGGAACCUUUCUUCUUCAUAAAACCAAAGACAUGGUUGAUGGUCCAGUGAGAGUAUCCAAGCACAUGGACGAGGAAGAUGGUAUGUAUAAUGAACGCAUCCCUUUGAGGACGAGUAAUAUGAAUAUGAGGUUAACAUGA